UAACUAAAUAGAAACGGAGGAAUAUUAGAUACACACCUAUCUUAACACACCAAUUAUUGAGUAGAACCGGACAAAGUCUUGCCAAAAAAAAAAUUAGCUUGCCGUUUUCCUCAUCACAUUGUUCUACCACUAUAAAUACCUCUUAAGGAGCCUUCACUUUUUGUCACCCCCCUCAGUUCUUUUUCUUUCUCCUUUUCUUCCCUUUAUUACUUAUUUCAUAUUUAAUUUCUAGGAUUAGAUUAAUUUUUCAUUUUGUUUUAUCUUAAAUUUGAGUAAAAAAUAAACUAAAAUGGCAAUAGAACAAUGCAAUGAUGAUGAAAGUGUCCAACAAAAUGGGCUUGAAGACUUGGAAUCACCAUUGAUGAAGAAAAGUUUUAAUUAUAAAUAUGAUGAUGAAUUUGUUGGGAGUGAUACUGAUGAUGGCUCCAUUACUAUGGUGUUGUUGAGUACUUGUGUUGCUGUUUGUGGCUCUUUCAUCUUCGGUACUUGCGUAGGAUACUCAGCACCUACUCAAUCAGCAAUCAGGGAAGAUCUCAAUCUAUCAAUUGCACAGUAUUCAACUUUUGGCUCAAUAUUAACAAUUGGUGCAAUGGUUGGUGCUAUUACAAGUGGUCGAAUAUCUGAUUUUAUUGGUAGAAAAUGGGCUAUGCGAAUGUCAGCAUGUUCCUGCAUAAUGGGGUGGCUUGCUAUCUAUUUUGCCAAGGGAACAAUGACACUUGACAUAGGAAGGCUGUUCAGUGGAUACGGCAUUGGAGUCCUAUCUUACGUGGUUCCAAUAUUUAUUGCUGAAAUAGCACCUAAAGAGCUAAGAGGAGGGUUUACCACUCUGAAUCAGCUUAUGAUUGUUACCGGAUCUUCAGUCUCGUUCUUGAUAGGAUCAAUUAUUACUUGGAGAGCUUUAGCAUUGAUGGGUCUGGUGCCAUGCAUAGCAUUGCUUUCUGGUUUGUUCUUUGUGCCAGAGUCACCUAGAUGGCUGGCAAAAGCUGGCCGCCAGAAAGAGUUCAACGUCGCCCUGAGAAUGCUUCGUGGCCAAAAUGCUGACAUUUCUCGUGAAGCAGCUGAGAUCGAGGAUUGUCUCAUGCUUCAUGAAACGUUACCUAAAGGCAGCUUCAUAGAUUUGUUUCAGAGCAAAUACAUCCGAUCUGUUAUUAUUGGAGUUGGACUUAUGGUGUUUCAACAAUCUGUCGGAAUAAAUGGAAUUGGAUUUUAUGUAAGCCAAACCUUUGUCAAGGCAGGGCUUUCUUCCGGCAAGCUAGGGACAAUAGCGUAUGGUAUUGUCCAGGUGCCAAUAACCCUUGUUGGAGCGAUCCUAAUGGAUAGAUCUGGCAGGAAACCACUGGUCACGAUCUCUGCCAUGGGAACAUUUCUCGGUUGUUUUUUCAUAGCCACUGGCUUCUUACUUAAGAGUUAUGGGCUACUUCUAGAAUGGAUACCGUUAUUUGUUGUUGGAGGUGUCUUGACCUACAUAUCAGCAUUUUCUAUCGGCUUUGGUGGUGUUCCUUGGGUUAUAAUGUCUGAGAUAUUCCCAUUAAAUGUGAAGGGUGCUGCUGGAAGUUUAGUAGUUCUUAUUAAUUGGUCAGGAGCCUGGCUAGUAUCUUACACUUACAACUUCAUGAUGAAGUGGAGUGCAUCCGGUACUUAUUACAUAUAUGCUGGAUUUUGUAUAUUGACGGUUCUAUUUGUGGCAAAUUUUGUACCUGAAACCAAGGGGAAGACCCUCGAAGAGAUACAAGAGUCUAUUAACUCCAAAACCGAAACCUUGGAGUGAGAGCAGAUCCGGUUACUUCAGAAUCUUCAUCAAUGGUGAUAUGGUAGCGAAAGCUUUAAGUGAAGUGUACUCCAAGUACUUCAUGAAUAUCAUAUCUGAGGAAUUUCGUUUGUUAUGCACAAACAUGUUGCAGACUUGCAGCAAUCAGAGAGGAGGGGGGGGGGGGGU